ACUUGCGACUCUUCAGUCUGCAGGCCCCACCCCCUGAGCGAAGCGGGCCAGGGCGGCCACGUGCGCUUUUUAGAUUUAAACGAAGACAAAUCAAAUUCCAGGUCCUCCGUGCGCAAUAGCGCCACGUGGCUAGUGUCUGUCCCAUUGGACCGCGCGCGCGCGGACCUCAGACCGGUUCCAGCCUCAGCCACCCUCCGGAUGCUGGUGCUGCCGCCCCCCUGCCCUCAGUCCCCGGCGCUGGCCAAGGCCGAGGCCAUGGAGGACCCGCCCCCUCGGACAGGCCGGUCCCCAGAACCCGGACCUUCCUCCUCCGCAGGAUCCCCCCCGCCAUCCUCCCCUCCGAGGCCCAACCACUACCUGCUCAUUGACACCCAGGGCGUCCCGUACACCGUGCUGGUGGAGGAGGAGGCUCCGAGGCAGCCCGGGCCAGCGGGGACUUCAGCCCAGAAAAAGUGCUACAGCUGCCCCGUGUGCUCCCGCGUCUUCGAGUACAUGUCCUACCUGCAGCGCCACAGCAUCACCCACUCGGAGGUGAAGCCCUUCGCGUGCGACACCUGCGGGAAGGCCUUCAAGCGGGCCAGCCACCUGUGCCCGCACUGCCCGCGCCGGUUUAUGGAGCAGAACACGCUGCAGAAGCACACCCGGUGGAAGCACCCGGCCCCCGCUGCCCUAGAGCCUCCAGAGGCGGCGUCCCCCACCGCGGCGCUGAUGAGCGGCGUCAGGGCCCAGCUGCACAUGGCCCUGGAGAGGAACUCGUGGCUGCAGAAGCGCAUCGAGGACCUGGAGGAGGAGAGGGACUUCCUGCGCUGCCAGCUGGACAAGUUCAUCUCCUCUGCGCGCAUGGACGCAGGUGAGGCGCUGGGAGCCAGUGCCCUCCUGGACCCAGGCCCCCGCCGACCCUCUCGCCCACACACUCACGCUCUGGUGGCCCGUGGGGACCGGCCUCUCUACCUUCUGCUUAGGGCCGUGGUGUCUCCCAGACCCCAGCUUCCUUCCUGCUUCUGCAGAUCAGCAGGACCCUGGGCCCUGUCUCUUGUCCCCACUGGCCCCCCAAUGCCAGCCUCUCAGCGCCCCCCCCUUGGCCCCGCAGUGAAGGACGCGGACGGCGUCCUCUGCCGCUACAAGAAGAUCCUGGGCACCUUCCAGAAGCUCAAGAGCAUGUCGCGGGCCUUCGAGCACCACCGCGUGGACCGCAACACCGUGGCGCUGACCACGCCCAUCGCCGAGCUGCUCAUCGUGGCGCCCGAGAAGCUGGCCGAGGUGGGCGAGUUCGACCCGUCCAAGGAGCGGCUGCUCGAGUACUCGCGCCGCUGCUUCCUGGCCCUGGACGACGAGACGCUCAAGAAGGUGCAGGCCCUCAAGAAGAGCAAGCUGCUGCUGCCCAUCACCUACCGCUUCAAGCGGUGAU